UAUGUUUCAUUCCCGGGGGGUGAUGCUGGAAUGAAAUGUAUCAAUCCAGGACAACAGAUGGAUUCAGAUUGAUUUAGAUGGGGCAAUCUUGUGUCGUAACAGGAGAGGGAUGUAACUGAUUGCAGGCAUGUGUUUAUAAUUGUUUUACAACAAGUGAAAGGUUAAGGAAAUCUUUUUUAACAACAGCAAGAUAAAUGCCUAUAGAGUAACUCUCUACUUAAUGCUAUAAUAUAUUUUACUACAUUUCUUUAUUAUUACUAUUCCCUUCAUUAUCUUUUAAUUGCAAGUCACCCAGUAGCAAACUGCUAUUGGGAUCAAUAUGGUUUACAAUGUUUCUAAGUUAGUGGGCACAACUGGAAUUUUGAAAAUGUGCUUGUGCUCUUUCUACUAAGUUUGAUUCUUUCUUGGCAGCUGGUCAGAUUUCUGAACCGCUAUUUUAAUCUAACAGAGGGGUCAAUGGAAGCUCAGAAACAUUGCAAACACUGUAAAGAUGUUUUUGAAGGCAGGCGUUAUGUAUGUCAUCAGCACCUAUUUUUUUAAAAAUAAAUCUUAAAAAACAAACAGGUACCUGGAAUAGAGAAUUUGCUAAGCAGCAAGGUGUGUGUACACAGGCACAUUCAGUGGGGUAAGAAAGUACUUGGUUACCUGUAGAAGUUAGUUAUUUAGAGCUGCUAGUGUCCCAAGCAGUUUCAUAAGAUGUGAGGACUUUCAUCACCAAUUUAGUGGAAGCCACCUUAACCUGCCACCUUAACCCUCAUUUUUAAACCACGAUUUCCAAAAUUCUCAUCCAACAAUUAUGAUGGCUGAAGUAGUGGGAACUGAAUUUUGGCACAAAUCGAUGUGGGUGCUGGAUUAGUUUAAAAAGAAAGAAAAUUAUAGUGACAUGGUUCACUUAUCUAAUCUCCCCCUACCAAAACAGAAAGCAGCCUUGUCCAGAAGCAUUGCUCCAAAUCAGCCCUGGUAAGUGUUACUUCGAGAUUUGUCGGAGGAAGGAUAAAAAAGGAAAAGCAAUAUAACGGGUCGGGACGGAAAUGAGGCAUUUAAUCGGGCAGCAGCCUGGUACUCUUGAUCCGGGAUGUGGGAAAGAGCUUCAUCCGUCUCUCCGUCGUUUCCCAGGGCAGAAGUUCAGCCACCGGGCUCGUGGUGGUGGCACAAUGCCCAGCAGUUCAGUAUAAAGGUUAUAGGCCGUUGCGGGGGCUUUGGAAUAAGGGAAGCCGCGGUCGCAUCUUGCCGAGAGUGCAGGAGGGCACUUGGCUCUGCUAAGGCUGCUGUUCCCCUCCCCGUUGCUCCCAGUUACUAUUUCCGUGCUUGGGGGACGCCUCGCUCGCGCGUUAAAGGAGGCGCUCCUGGCUCGCCAGCUUUCGAGUCACAGCCCCGCUAACUGCUCCUCCUCCAACCCCAGCGGCGCGGACGCUUUCACGCGGCUUUGCCUCCUUUCCUUCCACACGACCAUGACGGCGAAACCCAGGAAAUUCUGGCACGAGGCGUCACAGCAAAUCGUCGCUGGCGGCUCCGCAGGUCUUGUAGAAAUUUGCCUGAUGCAUCCCCUCGAUGUGGUGAAAACCAGGUUCCAAAUUCAAAGAGGAAAAUCUGAUCCCUCUGGGUACAAGAGCCUUGGAGACAGUUUUAAAACUAUAUUCCGGACGGAAGGCUUGUUUGGUUUCUACAAAGGUAUCCUCCCUCCAAUCUUGGCUGAAACACCCAAAAGAGCAGUAAAGUUCUUCACCUUUGAACAGUACAAAAAAAUACUUGGAAAUGUUUCUCUAUCACCAGCUUUGACAUUUGCAGUUGCGGGCUUGGGAUCCGGGCUAACAGAAGCAGUUGUGGUUAACCCUUUUGAAGUAGUCAAGGUUAGCCUCCAGGCGAAUCGGGAUGCUUUCAAAGAGCAACCAUCCACCUUUGCUAAAGCUCACCAAAUUAUUCAGGCCAAUGGGUGGGGUCUGAGUGGACUCAACAAAGGGCUGUCUGCUACUUUGGGACGUCAUGGAGUUUUUAAUAUGGUCUAUUUUGGAUUCUACUUCAAUGUGAAAAACAUCAUUCCUGCCAAUAAGGAUCCAACAUUGGAGUUUCUGAGAAAGUUCGGAAUUGGGCUAGCCUCAGGAACAAUUGCCUCAAUUAUUAACAUCCCUUUCGAUGUUGCAAAGAGUAGGAUUCAAGGACCACAGCCUGUGCCCGGAGAAAUCAAGUACAGGACCUGUUUUAAAACGAUGGCAACCAUUUAUAAAGAAGAAGGAUUUCUAGCUUUAUACAAAGGCUUGGUUCCCAAGAUCAUGCGGCUAGGACCAGGUGGUGCAGUGAUGCUGCUGGUUUAUGAAUAUGUUUAUGGGUGGCUUCAAGAAAACUGGUGACCAAAAGUACUAAUUUCAGACUGAAAAUAAUGUAAAACAAUCCCUAUCAAAUAAAAAAGUAUGGGCAUCAGCAUUUAUAGGCUUAAAAAUGAAAAGGAGAAUUGUACAAUGGUGGAAAAUAAAUGGCCUUGGUUACUGAAGGCCAAUAGUAGUAAAUAUUCUUCAGUUGAUAUAUUUCAACCCAGAUACAAAUACUAUCCCACUAAGUAUUUAAAAGAAUAUAAUGUAUGUCUGUCAAGCAAAUUAAAAGUGUUCAUUUGAUCUAUCUCUUGUUGACUCGUUGACUGAACAAAUCUAUUGUUUAAGAUACCUGCCUAAAAUCCAAGAGGCUGUAAGUUCCAGUCUCACCUUAGGCAUGAAAGCCGGCUGGGUGACUUUAGGCCAGUUGCUGUCUCUCAGCCAAUUCACUUCACAGGGUUAUUGUUACAGAGAAAAAUAGGAGAAAGGAGCAUGUUAGCCAUCCUGACUUAUUUAUAAAAAUAUCAAAGGCAGAGUAUAAAUAAAUAAACAUUAUAAAGUUGUUAUAAACUGAGAUCUUGAUUUUAGAAUCCAGUCUUAUAUUCAGAUUCCUGAGUGGUGAUGAGGAGAGAUAAACUCAGAGCUGAGUACUUCUAAAUUUAAUUGGAGUUGCUGUCAUGUUUGAUGAAGUAAACAAAUCAUGAUCAACUCUGGGCUAUCAUAUCUGGGUUUCAAAAAUUCAGAUGACCACUAAAUAGCACCAAAUAGUUGGAUGGAGUUGUACUUCUCUCAAGUAUCUGUAACUCUAUUACUGAUUGUAAUAUUAAGUAUGCCCCCCCCCCAUAGAUGAUUGCAUUACAUGCUGCUUGAAGCUGAUAUUAAAAAUUACUCCGACAAUUCUGCCAAUAAAAUAAAUUAAUGAUUCUCAUCCUUCUUGAAGCUGGAUAAUCAAAUGAUGUAUCCGUUCAUUCUGCAUCAACUGUGCUCCUUGUCAGUUUAUGUUUUACUCAAUUUGAAAUACUUCAGGGCUUUAAAAUUCUAAACAACAUUAUCACUUGAUAUUUUUAACAGGCAUUAGAUACAGGUCCUUCUUAGUGGUAGCCUCUACCUUUCAAAUUUCCUCUGUACAGAGAACAGUCUGGCUAUGAAAACCAUUCUAUUUUUUUAUGGCUUCUGGUUUUAACAUUUUUAAUAUUUGCUCUCAUCAAAUAUUUGAAACUGCAUUUUAUUUUCCAUGUAAGAUACUUACUUCUAUCAUUCGAUAUUUCAUAUUACUAGUUUAUAAUACAAACUGCAUUCAAAAGACUAUAAUGCUGAAAGAUGGCUAUGAAAUAUAGAUUUAAAAAACUAUUUCUCAAAACUUCAAAGAAAAGUGAGAUAAUUGAAU